CAAGAUUGCCUAUCGGUUCACAUUUGUGAAAUAGAUUGCUCUUUUAGGAGGGGUUGGUAUUGUCUUGGCAGCUUUCUUGUGUUGCCGAGCGUUUAAAAAUAUUCUAAAAAUUUAAUAGAACAUUAAAUAUGUCUUUUCUAUUUGAGCUUUUAAGAGAAAUUCGUUGGAGAGGACUAUGGGGUACUUUUCAAGCUGCCAAAAUGAACAGACUUGGAACUAUGAAGUAUUUUGUGGGAGAGGACGAGUUUCACAACCGAUACUUUCAAAAAGUAAACGACGUUAUGUUGAAGGAUCGAUGGGUGGAAUAUGCCUCGAAGGAUUUCACUCCUGAUCCAUAUUCUUUACCACCAGAAUGGCAUGCCUGGCUGCAUCACAGUAUAGAUGAGCCACCUACAAGAACGCCUUUUCAAAGACCCAUUUAUCAAGGACAGAUCGUCGCAAACCGCACCGGCACAACGGAUGCUUACUUUCCGAAAAACAAUCCACUCAGUAAGAAUUUUAAAGGGUUGGCAAAAGACAAAUUGGAGCAAUGGAACGGCAACGUGAGUACCACUAGCGUUGUGAACCGUGUAUCAAGAAGUUUCCGAAACAACGAAACUAAGGAAGAGAGAGACGUUCUUGACUUGAAGUAGACAGAAUCUAUUUCGUCCAAAACAUUUUUUCAAGUUUCUAAUAUAAAUGUUCUUUUUGCUAA